GAAAAAAUACAAGCAUGUCUUCAGGGUACAUCAUACUUCCCAUAGCACAAAAGGUCGUGCAUCAAACACUGACCUCACUCCCCAGAGCCCCCACCCAAGAAGCCACCAACAACACCACCUCGCCCUCCCCCACCUCCCGCCCCAAACCCUCCAAACUCGGCCAAAACAAAAACACCCAACUCCAAAAGCAACAAGCCCCCGCCUCCGACGAAGACUCCGAACAAGAAGAAAAACCAGAACUAGCACCCAAACGAGCCGGUGGCCGCCGCAUGGUCCCAGUGCAUCAAUCACGCAUCACAGACCGCCCUGCCAAAGUCGGCGAAAAGGACAGUUCGCUCAAGAUCAAAAUCGAGUUGGAUUUGGAAGUCGAGGUAGAGAUAUAUGCAAGAGUCAAGGGUGAUGUGACGAUAGGGCUGAUGUAAAAUUCCAAUUUUUAGGUUGAGAUUUAUGCACGUGUCAAGGGAGAUGUGACGAUUGGUUUAUUGUAAGGGUGAGUCCUUUUUUCUGUACUGAGGUACGCUUGGGGACGGGGCGCAAGGCUAAUGGAGUGUAGGACUGCUGAGCCGUGAUCGUUAUUUGUUCGAGGGUACAGGUCAUAUAUGUGCGUAUGUUGGACCAAGUAGUUGGCACUCUGCUCCUCAGUAGCUUAGCAUAUUCUUCUGGAG